AUGCCAGCAGAUAUCGCGACGGUCCGCACUGAAAUCAAGGAAUGGGAACGGUAUUUUAAAGAAACAAAUGGAAGAGACGCGUCUAUUGACGAUAUCAAGGAGCUUCCGCACAUUGCGGAGAAGUAUAAGCUAUACAAGAGGUUGAGAAAGGCAGAAUCACAGGCCUCUCAGCCCGUGAAAGCAUCUACAAGUCGUUCAAGUCCCCCUUCAACUCCUCCGAGAGGCAAACCCCGGGAUCUCUCCUCGUUAGAGGCACCACUACUCGUUCAUUCGCGUCAUGCAGAGACAACCGCGCCCUUGACAUCGUUCAACCCCUUUUCUCCUCGAAAGAAGAAGCAGAAGCCAAAGGAACACGUACCUACCCCACCCCAACGCUCCGAUGCGAGCAAACCCCGGCCGAAUCCGUUCGCUACGCCAGUCAAGGGCAAAGGGAGAAGCACCGCUGAACCAUACCCAAUGAUCAAUCCGCUAGCACUCCCAGAGCAGCAGCCAGCCCCGAACACCGCCAUCACUCGCGCUCGAAAGCGGCUGCGUGGAGAACCCGUGUCUCCAUCCCCGAACAAACCCAAGAGACGACGCGCCAACCCCGAAGCUCAAACAUUGCUUUCAUUCAAACCAUUGGAACACCCUUCUAUGUCGCAUGGGACUAAACGCCUGUCGGUAUCAGAUGACGAGGAGAGCGACGCGGAGCAAGUGGGGAGCCUGUCUUUUGUGGGUGAAUCGCCGGUCAAACAGCCAUCCGGAGGCAAGUCGUUCAAAUUGCUCUUCGAGGACAUGGCACCCCUCCGUCUAGACACGAAGGGCAAGGGGAAGGCAGCUUCGAAGAACACCGAUAUCUUCAGCGAUCUCCCUAAACUUAAUGCCUCGACUAAACCGACGAACACGAACACCAAAUCUAAUAAGCUCACUUUUAUGGAGCCCUCUCAUCCCUUGAAGGCAGGCCCGUCGAAGCCCGGCGAGCAAGCAUCCAAGGGGAAUGCCAGGAAGAAGCGUCGAUUAAGUGUAUCGGACGAUCACUCUGGCCACGACUCAAAAGGCGAAUCGGACAAUGGUCCUAACUCUUCGGAUGUAAACGGUACUCAACACGCCGUCAAGCUAAUACCACCGUCGCCACCGCCCGCUGAUCCAUACGCCCCCAAACGUUAUAAACAGAACGCGAAGAGCGGCAAGGAUAAAGCCGUCACCAAUAACCGGAAAAAGUCCAAGAAAUCUAAGACGGACGAUAACGAGAGUAGUGAUGGCUCGGAUGAGUGGGACACCUUGGAGUCUCAGAUUCGCAUCGUCAAUCGUAGAGCUGUAGCUCAGCAACGUACUGGAGAUAACGUAGAUACGGCUAUGGAGCGGGACAUAGAGGAUCCCAUCCUCGCAUUGCCGCGUCAUGUUGACACGCUACCUGAAGAAGUUGCAGACGAACCGGUUGAUCAGUCAACGACGCUUCUAUCCACCCCACUGGCAAAACUCGCCGGUUUAUCUAUUAAUUCGGCAUACCCUUCGAAGGACCGUGGGCCGAACGAAGGACAGUUGGUCCGGGGUUUGCUAUAUGGGCGGCCAGCAAAGGGUCGCCUCUAUGAUCCGCGCAGAGGAGGCGAGAUAUGGGGUGUUGGAGAGGGCGAUGAAGGCGAUGAAGAUGGAGAAGACGAUUUGCUUGGGUUGGGGAGCAAGACCGGUGUCGACAGAGGACGGCACGGAUUGAAGUCGAAAGCUGGGGCAGUCACAGAGGAAGAUGAUGAUUGGGAAGGCGAACCAGUUCCUUGGGAGGUUGGAGAGUUGUAA